AUGUCGUCAACACCGAAGCCCACGUCGAGCGAGAACAUCGUCGCGCAAAAGUUCGACCGCUGCUUGGCGGACCUCAUCGUGAAGUCCGGAGUGGGCUUCAGCGCGGGCGUCAUCGCGUCUGUUAUCCUCUUCCGCCGGCGAGCAUGGCCCGUCGCACUCGGCACAGGCUUCGGUGCAGGCACGGCAUAUGCUGACUGCGACCGUUCGUUCAACCCCGCACGGAUACCGGGCACGCGCAUCAUCCCCCACACGGAGCUCAAGAAGGACUAG